UACGCUGCGCCGAGGCCGCUGCAGCUCCGCAGCUCCUGUCGGACCGUCACGUUGCUGCCGCUGCAGGGACACACGCCGCUCAGACAUGGCCGGACAACAGUUCCAGUACGAUGACAGCGGCAACACCUUUUUCUACUUCCUCACGUCCUUCGUGGGACUCAUUGUGAUCCCGGCCACAUAUUACUUCUGGCCGCGGGAUCAGAAUGCUGAACAAGUCCGUCUGAAGAGCCUGCGGCGGGUGCACGGCAGGUGUCUGUGGUACCGGCUCCGGCUCAUGAAGUCCCAGCAGAGCGUCGUCCCAACACUCAAGAAAGGAGCUUUGCUGUUGGGGUGGGCUGUGUUCCUGCUGCUUGCCUACAAGGUGUCCAAACUGGACAGAGAGUACCAGGAAUACAAUCCAUAUGAAGUCCUCAACUUGGAUCCGGGUGCAUCGCUCUCUGAAAUCAAGAAGCAGUACCAUGUACUGUCACUCAAGUACCACCCUGACAAAGGUGGUGAUGAGGCCACAUUCAUGAUAAUUGCCAAAGCCUAUUAUGCUCUAACCAAUACACAGUCGCGACAGAACUGGGAGCAGUACGGUAACCCAGACGGUCCAGGUGCCACCAGUUUUGGGAUUGCGCUGCCAGCUUGGAUUGUCGACCAGAAGAACUCUAUGCUGGUGCUGCUAGUGUAUGGACUUGCCUUCAUGGUCAUUCUUCCCGUUGUUGUGGGCACGUGGUGGUACCGCUCGAUCCGAUACAGUGGAGACCAGAUCCUCAUCAACACCACUCAGCUCUUCAUGCACUUCAUGUACAAGACGCCAAACAUGAACAUGAAGAGAUUGACCAUGGUGCUGACGGCAGCCUUCGAGUUUGACCCUCGUAGCAAUAAAGAGGCCACCAUAAGACCCACGGACAACAUCGAAGUGCCGCAGCUGAUCCGUGAGUUAGGAAACAUCAAUGUGAAGAAGAAGGAGCCUCCGUUCUGUUAUCCGUACAGUCUGAAGGCCCGGGUGCUGCUGCUGUCCCACCUGGCCCGCAUGGAUGUGUCGGAGGAGUUAGAGGAAGAUCAGAGGUUUGUUGUGAGGAAGAGUCCAGCUCUCCUCCAAGAAAUGAUCAAUGUGGGCUGUCAGCUUACCAUGAUGGCCAACAGCAGAGGAGGUUUUCAUGCUCCUCGCCUGGUAACCAUCGAGAACUGCAUGAAGCUGACCCAGAUGAUAGUGCAGGGCCUGCAGGAGUCCAAGUCACCGCUCCUGCAGCUGCCUCAUUUUGAGGAGGAGCACCUCCGCUACUGCAUUUCUAAGAAGUAUAAGGUGAGAAGCCUGCAGGACCUGGUCAGUCUGAAGGACUCCGACAGACGCAGCAUGCUGCGUUUCUUGGGCGAGGAGAAGUAUGACGAGGUCAUUGCUGUGCUCGGCAGCUUCCCUCACAUCACCAUGGAUACCAAACUGCAGGUCCUUGAUGAUGAAGACAGUAAUAACAUCACGGCAGGGUCAAUCGUCACGGUAACCGUCACCUUAAACAGAAAGCGGAUGUCUGAUAUGUUUGAAAAAGAGCAGGAACCAACAGCAAUUCCAGGAGAGGAAUCUGCCAAUACGGAGGAAGCACAAGCAGACACGAGUAAAUCAAAAACCAAAGUGUGGCAGAACAAAAGCAAAGGGGCUAAGAAGACAGCCAAAUCCAAGAAGAAAAAAUUAACCAAGAAGAAGGCCACGCCGGCUCCGGCCAAAGCCAAGCAGGCCAACGGCAACGUGGCAGGAACUGAAGUUGCAGCAACAGCAGCAGCAACGACAGCAAAAGACGAAGAGGAAGACGCCUCAGAAAAAGGCAGCGAGUCCGAUGAAGGCGAAGCCAAUAAGGAGUCGCACAGCGAGAGAGAAGAAGACAGCGACAAGCAAAGCGACACAGAAGUGGAUGAGAUAGCUGGCGACGACGAGGAGGAGUGGGAGGCGUUGCAGCAAAGCAUCCAGCGGCGAGAGCGGGCGCUGCUAGAAACCAAGUCGAAGGUGACGCAUCCCGUCUACAGCCUCUACUUCGCCGAGGAGAAGCAAGAGUGGUGGUGGCUGUACAUCGCUGACCGCCGGGACCAGACGCUCGUCUCCAUGCCUUACCACGUCUGCACACUAAAAGACACGGAAGAGGUUGAGCUAAAAUUUCCAGCUCCUUCCAAAACGGGCAACUACCAGUACUCUGUCGUCCUCCGUUCCGACUCCUUCCUGGGAUUGGACCAGAUCAAACCACUUAAGCUGGAGGUCCAUGAAGCCAAGGCCAUGCUGGACAACCACCCACAGUGGGACAUCCCCGACACAGAGGAAGAGGACGAGGAGCAGGAGGACAGCGACGGCAUCGAGGAGAGCGACGAUGAUGACGAUGAGGACAACGACUGAAUGUGUUGAUGCUUGGUGUCCCUCUCUCCCUCUCUCUCUCUGUCUCUCUCUCUCGGACUGGCCACCCAUCCACUAGUGAAGAGGAGCAUCGAAGCCGUGCCUGCCACAAACAGAAUCACACACGCACACACACACACACACACACAGUAAAUCACUGGGGACGGUUUAUACACACAGAACCCUCCACCAUCUUACCUUUUCAAUGUCAUGAAAUGUGGCCCCUCCCUAUAUUCCCUUUUCUACAGAGACUUCUUCACUCACCUCUGACUGCUAGCGGAAGGUGAAUUCUGUGAAUACUAACAGGCCUGAGUGAGUGUGACUGUGUGUAUGAUGUGUGUAACGUACGUCUUUGUACAGGUGUGAAAGAUGGACACACUGUGGACUGGAGGACCUAUUAUUCGAUUAUGGGCUCUUUUCUUCUGUUUCGAGGGGAGAGACUGGAUGUAUAACCGCUAAUUCCAUUUUCCAAAAUUAAAAUCACAUGACCUCCACAUGUCAUCACUUUUUUUUUUCUUUUUUUUUUUUUUUUUAAUUACUCAGCACCGAUGUUUUCCAUGUCAAUGAUUCUUCUAAUUGUAUGCUGAAAAAGGGUGAGCUUUAGCCCUCUUCGUCUGGGAACUUUAAAGUGGGACAACAGUGUCUCCACACAGGGGGGUGGGCAGGAUGCGGGGGGGGGGGGGGGGGUUGUCGUUUUUUUUUUUUUUUUUUUUUCUUCGUCCCCGUCCUGUAUCUUUUCACUGUUACAUACUUGUGUUCACUUUAUGUUGAAGGAGAUGUCUCCAGCGUGAUACUGAUGUGAAUCGGGACCUCAGGUGUAACCGGUGGGAAGGCAGGGCAGCAAAACACGCGGUGUUAAGAUAUGACUUCAGAGUGCUCUUCUACGUGAACUACAUAAAAGAUGGGUCUUCAUUCGCUCAGUCUAAGAUGCUGGUUAUGUAGAUAAACAUACUUGUGGCUUUUCAAAGAGGUGACUUCCUUUUAUUUUCCUUUUUAAACAGUUGUAGCACAUUCCAGUGUACACGCAUAUUCUAAAAAUGGCCUUAUAAAUACAACUGAAAUACCACAAUAUACAAGUCCUUCGUGCUAUGCACUAGUGAAUCCCAGGAGAGUAGAAUAAAACUGAAAUUAGCCCCUUUUUUUCCCCCUUGUUGGUAGAAAUCUGAAGGUUUUAGUUUAUCUUUUUUUUAAGGCAAACUAUAGUUUCUCGGUUCUUGAGGAGGCAUAUCACUACACCCUGCCAUCACCCAAUUUUCAGAGAUGUGACUGUUUAUUUGAGCAUUUGAGUGUGAGGUCACUGCCACAUACGGGGAGUAGGUCCGGGAUCUGUUCUGAACAAAGACCUGUUGAAAGUAACUCGUAGUGUAAGAGUAAGCGAACUUUCUCACGCACCUUUUCUUGUUUUAUAAAGCGGAACAAACACGAAUUGGGGUGGAAAUCGGGAUGAUUUCAUUCUUCCAUUCAACGUGGUUUUGGCUAAGACAAAGACCUCUCUUUCAUUUAAAGCUGUUCUUUUGUUUGUUUGUUUGUAUCUGUUGAGAUGUAGUUAUAACAACCAAGUCCCGUUAUUUUUGCAUUCUAAUCCUGAGUUUUCUGUGUUUAGAUUGGGAGGGAACCGGAGCUUCCUAGUGGAGCUUGUUGGGCUUUCACUGUGUUGAUGACAGUUUCGAUUUUUACACAAAUAAUCUUUCACAAUGAAUAAUCCGUACCCCUUUUUUCUUUUUUCUUUUUUUUUUACUUUACAGUGCAUACUAGUGUGUUAUGUUAAUGUGAGAGAUUUCCAACUUCCCAGCUCAACCCACACGCGCUCACUCAGACUAUAACCCUCCUGUAUGUGUUGAAGCCGGUGUAUGCUAACGGUUAAUAUUGUAUUCUGAGUAUUUAUCGCUCUGCAAUAGAAUGUAGCAUCAGUGAUAAAUGCUGUGUGGGGGAAAAAAAAAGAAAAUACUGCAGUGAGGUUAGACACAACGCCAUCUCUUCCAUGACAGACCUUAACCAGGUGACCGGCCAGCAGGCCACCUCUGUUCGGACAACCGACUACCCAAAUGACUAUGGAUCUGCCACUUUUGUUUACAAAGGAACUGUCAUUGUAAAUGGAAAAAAAUAUAUAUUAUUUGUAUUUAAAAUCAUUUCAAAUAAAAACUUUUAAAUGAG